CGCUCGCUGGUGCCCUACCUGAAGGGCCGCGAGGUGGGCGCGCGGGGCCGCGCCGGGCUCCUGGGCUUCGAGGGCGAGCUGCGCGGCUACGCGGUGCAGAAGCUGCCCGAGCUGCUGCGGGAGCGCGAGCUGGCCCUGGGCACCCUCAACAAGGUGUUCGCGUCGCAGUGGCUGAACGCCAGGCAGGUGGUGUGCGGCACCAAGUGCAACACGCUCUUCGUGGUGGACGUGCAGUCGGGCCAGAUCACGCGCAUCCCCCUCAUGCGGGACCGGGAACCCGGGCCGGCUCGGGCCCAGCCGAGCUGCGGCAUCCACGCCAUCGAGUUGAAUCCCUCCAAGACGCUUCUGGCCACGGGGGGCGAGAACCCCAACAGUCUGGCUGUCUACCAGCUGCCCACCCUGGACCCCGUGUGCCUGGGCGACCGCCUCGGCCACAGGGACUGGAUCUUCGCCAUCGCCUGGAUGAGUGACACAGUGGCUGUGAGCGGCUCCCGCGAUGGCACCGUGGCUCUGUGGCGGAUGGACCCCGACAUAUUCAAUGGCAGCAUCGCCUGGCACAACGACGCGGGGCUCCCCGUGUACGCCCACAUCCGUCCAAGGGACUUGGAGACCAUCCCCAGGGCCAGCACCAACCCCAGUAACCGCAAGGUACGGGCCCUGGCCUUCAGUGGCAAGAACCAGGAGCUGGGAGCGGUGUCCCUGGACGGCUACUUCCACCUGUGGAAAGCCCGGAGCACCCUGUCCAGGCUGCUGUCCAUCAGGCUGCCCUACUGCCGAGAGAACGUGUGCCUAACCUACUGCGACGAGUUGUCCCUGUACGCGGUGGGCUCCCAGUCCCACGUCUCUUUCCUGGAUCCGCGCCAGCGCCAGCAGAACAUCCGGCCCCUGUGCUCUCGAGAGGGCGGCACGGGCGUGCGCUCGCUGAGCUUCUACCAGCACAUCGUCACCGUGGGCACGGGCCACGGCUCCCUGCUCUUCUAUGACGUCAGAGCGCAGAAGUUCCUGGAGGAGAAGGCCUUGGCCAGCCCGGACUCCUCUCCCGGGCCCGCAGCGAGGAAGCUCAAGCUCACCUGUGGCAGAGGCUGGCUCAACCACGAUGACCUGUGGGUGAACUACUUUGGCGGCGUAGGCGAGUUCCCCAACGCGCUCUACACCCACUGCUACAACUGGCCUGAGAUGAAGCUCUUCGUGGCUGGGGGCCCUCUCCCUUCAGGCCUCCAUGGGAACUACGCAGGCCUCUGGAGCUAAGGAUGGCCGCCCUGUUCUCAAAGUGCCCAGAUUACCUUCCAGUCCCCUCCCACUUUCCUUCUUCAUGCUGUGUUUGUGCUUUUAACUCUGAGUGGGUUUUGUCCUCCAGGUGGAAACUGCCCAGCUUACCUGUGCUUAUUUUGGGGCAGAGAGAGAAAGAGAAAAAGCAGAAGUGGUCUUUUGGGCCAUCAAAACUUGGCUUUAAUAUUUAUCUGCACCACCCCCCCCACCGUCUUUUCUGCCUUCUUUUACAAAGAAUUUUGUUACCUAAUCCUUAUUUUUGUUCCCUCUUGAAUGAUUCACACAUGCUCUUUCUCUGGGUUGAUACAGUUAGUUCCCGCUACAAUUCAGUACUUUAGUUUUACCAUUCAGUACUUUAACAGAAUGUUCAGGUCUUUUACACAUUUCAGAUGUAUGAUAUUUCCAGGAAAAUGUGUGCUAAAGAGUGUCUUUGGGGCUGGUCUGAGGAACUACCUGUCAUAUAACAGGGCAGGCUUAUAGCCCUGCUCCAGCCAGAAAAUGCAUUUCAAGUUCUAGAUUGCCACCAUUUGGGGCAUGUUUCAUUUGGAUGUUGGAGACUUAGUGUUUGUUGUUUGUAUAUUGUUGGUGCAUAAAAUACUUUAAAAAUAUGUUCUGUUAAGAAAUCUUACAAUGCUAUUCAUCCUAUUAAUCACAAUUUUGAUUAAUCACUAAAAAUUAGCAUCAAUACCCCAAGGCCCUCAGCCUUCUUGUUUUAAGCUGCUAUAUUAUGGUUUGCUUUCUUGGAUAGCAUUUAUGCUGCAGAUUUUCAGAGCUAAUCAAAACUGGCCUAUAUGUGGCGGGACAAUCAGGGAGGUACAUUUUGGGGUAAACAGUCCUUUAAAGUUAAGGUAACACUAUCCAGGCAGCCAUUUACAGAGAAAGGCCAGCUGUUGUGCUCAAUGUAGUAGUUGUUGAUAGUUUUUUAUUGUAUACAUGGAUAAUUCUUUUAUCUGGAUUGAGUAUGUGAUGUACUGCAGAAAAAAAUAAAACGUUCAGCAUUUUAGCAAUUCAGUGCUCGGCUAAAGUUUUUGAAUGCUUAAAUAUGUACUUUAUGUUUUCUUAAUUGUCCUUCUAGGAAUACAAGUAUCAAAGUCGAAAUCUUCCUGGAGAGAAACUGAACUGGAGAGGUUUCUCCUCUUCAGGAAAGAAGCUGAAACAUCAGCUAUGCACACUUUGUACAUUUGUUUCUGAAAAGCAAACUUAUGCUACUAUCAUGGGGUAAAAGAUUCAAUACCAGUUGGAAUACCUUAUCUCAAUGUACUUGCUAUAGGUUAGGGCAGUUAGGUGCCUUGUUGGUUUUUUAAGAUGAUUUAACAAACUG